UACUGCACAUGCGCACACAAGUCGACGCACAAGGCACAUGGCGACUGUGCCUGUAAACCCGAAGCCGUUCUUGAAUAGUCUGACUGGUAAGCCAGUGAUCAUCAAGUUGAAGUGGGGAAUGGAGUACAAGGGAUAUUUGGUCUCAUUUGAUGGCUAUAUGAAUUUGCAGUUGGCAAACACUGAAGAAUACGUGGAUGGUGCUUGUACUGGGAAUCUAGGCGAAGUGUUGAUCAGAUGUAAUAAUGUGUUGUAUAUUCGUGGAACAGAGGAGAGUGAUGAGAUGGCAGAAAUAGCCGACUAGAAAGCUACCAACAUCAUUGCACAUACCCUGGAAUAAAACUCUGUUCUACACACUUGCUAGUCUGCAGUUUAUGUAUCAUGUCGUACUGGUGUGUUGUUGUAGUCGUUGUCGUUAAAUUUGCCACUUUUUAGAAAAUUAUUAUCAAUGUUUUGUUGUUGAUAUGUAUGACUAAAUGGGCACGUGACAGUGUUAUCGUGUCGUACUGGUUUGUUGUAGUCGUCGCUUCAUUUGCCACUUUUAAAAAAUUAAUAUCAAUGUUUUGUUGUUGAUAUGUAUAACUAAA